AUGCUGCAGUGAUUAGUCACGAUUUCUAAUUUCAAUAAUCGGCAAAAUGAAUGAGUCCGGACAACUGUGAAUGUAAUAAGUCAUCCGUUGUGGGAGCAUCUGGUAGGCUUCAUAGCUCAGAUGAAGCGGGAACAUAGGCUGAUCAACUAUAACCAAAAGCCUUAUCUUCGGGGAAAAUUUUCCUUUUUUGGAAGAAAGAGGUGCAUGAAGCUGGAAAGAUUCUCUAGCAACACCUAG